AUGAUUUUUCUUAUUGGUUUUUCAUGGCAUGUAGCAGCUAGUUUUGCAUUUCUUCUUGCUAUUCUAACUUCAAAUUGGGCAACAUAUCAAAUUAUUACAUCAUCGGGAAAUACAACUGUUCAACAUGGUAUUUUUUAUGUAUGUGAACCAGUUUUAAAGACAAGUAUUUAUGAAACAACACGUUGUUUAUCAGUAAUUGAUAUUGAUCCAUCAAAUAAUACAGUAGAAUUAUUGAAAUAUCCUCUUAGUAUGGCAUCAGCAUCACUUGCUAUUACUUGUGCUGGACUCAGUCUUAUUACUUUAUGGUUAUCUGGUAUUUAUUUUAAUCGUCGUACAAGAGAUAAAUGUACACAAUGUUUUCUAAUAUCUGUUUGCAUUUCAGUGUUUAUUACUUUUUGUGCAUCAGUUGCUGUUUGGAUUUUAAUUAUAUCAGAAAUUCUUGCAUUUAGUCAAAAAGUUGAACGUUCAACAUUUCGAUGGCCUAUGUGGUUAGGAAUUGGUGCAUCAGGUGGUUUUCUUAUGGGAUUUAUAUCAAUACUUAUAUCAUUUUGUAAAGGACUAAGUUGUACACGUAAUAGAAGCAAUGCAUAUCGUGGGGAAACUCAAUUUUAA